CUAGAACGAAAGUAUGCAGCUAUUGUUCUAGACUAUAAAACAGAAAUAAUCAGAGGAAAAACACUCAGUAAGGAAAAGGACUUCUGUAUGGCAAAGGAGAAAGUUCAGAAUGUCUGACAUCAAAAAGAAGAAGUCUGUUCCAGAACUACGGAAGUUUAGUAUAUUUACGGGACUAGACGAAUCGGCAAGGGAUAAAGAAGCACACGCUUAUGACAAUCCUGCCUUAUACAAUGGAGAAACAUGGAACGAAGCUGAAUUGAGAGAAUAUGAAAUAACACAAGAGGUGACAAAUGGCUUUACCAGUGGAGAAAUACAAGGUUCGCGGAAAUAUUCUACAGCUCUUAAAGUUCUGAAGCCCUUUAGACCAUCUUCAAAGGAUGGAAAAAUACCAAUUAAUAAAGCUGGUUUAUUGUCAUACAUGUUUAUGACCUGGAUGACACCUCUGGUCAUGAAGAUGUUUAAACAUAGAGAUGAGGAUCUAAAGGAGGAAGACAUCUGGGAAUGUUCAGAUUAUGAGACUUCCAAAAUUAAUACAGACAGACUAGAAGCAUUAUGGAACGAUGAAGUGAAAUCUAAAGGAGAGAACAAAGCUUCAUUUCUACGCUGUUGGUUGAAGUUCUGUCAGACUAGAAUUUUAGUCAGCUUGGUUAUUGUAGCAGUCAACGCUCUGUCAACUUUUCUGGUAUCGGGAUUCAUCAUAAAUGAAUUGAUUGCUUAUAUUGAAUCAGUUGAUAAUAAUAUCCUAUAUGGGAUUGGACUCGUCGUCACCAUGAUGGCAGCAAAUGUAGUGAGAGCUGGCACCUUCUGUGUUAUCGUUAUGUUUGGUGCUCAAACAGGUAUAAGGUUCAGGGCUGGAUUUCUAGGAUUGGCAUACCGAAAACUCCUCAAACUUCAAAAAAUAAAAGGAAAAAGUUUAGCGGAGGUUAUCAACAUUUUUGGAGGAGAUGCUAUCCGUGUAUACGUGAACUGUGUGACCUUUGUUUACAUUAUUGCCCUGCCAAUAUACAUGAUUAUCGGUACUGGAUAUACAUAUUACCUGCUAGGACCAUGGUGUUUCAUUGCCAUGGGGAUAUUUGUGUUGUGCUAUAUACUCCAGGGAGUAUUGACAAAAGGCGUCGAAAUUAUGCGCAGAAAAACGCUUCAGCAUACGGACAAACGUGUUAGAAAAAUGACAGAGGUGCUUAACAGUAUGAAGUUACUGAAGAUGUACGCAUGGGAAGAACCAUUUGAACACACAAUAUCUGAAAUAAGACAACAAGAGAAAAAAUACUUGCUGUACGCUGCCAUUAUGAAUUCAAUAAGUGCUGCUGUUAUCCCCGUUACUCCCACACUAGCAUCGGUGGCAACUAUAUCUACUUUUAGAGCCUUUGGAAAUGACAUAUCUGCUUCUACUGCAUUUGCAGUUGUCGGCACUUUAAAUUUUCUGAGAAUUAUCGUUGCUUUGAUUCCGUAUGCAACGAGAAUUCUUGGCGAAGUUCGUGUCAGUUUCGCCAGACUUAAGCGACUUCUCGUUCAAGAAGAGUUUAAGCCACACAGUGAUAAAUGUAUGAACCAAGAUAAUGCAGUAGAAUUGGACAAUGCGUUCUUUAUGUGGGAGGAUGCAAGUAUUUCAGAAAUGGGAGCGAAAGCGAAAGCUAAAAUGGAGGCAAAAAAUAAGGAAAAAAAUCGACGAGCUUCAAGGGGAUCAUUCAACAUAGAGAAAAUGAAUUUUACAGUACAAAAGGGAAAACUGAUUGGCAUAUGUGGCCCUGUUGGUUCAGGGAAGUCAUCAUUAAUGGCAGCUAUACUAGCAAGGAUGCCUUUUAUUUCUGGACAUGUGGCUGUGAAUGGUAGUAUUGCAUAUGCUGCCCAACAAGCUUGGAUAUUUAACGACACUGUACGAGAGAAUAUUUUAUUCGGAAAACCUUAUGAUCCAGAAAGGUAUCAAAGUGUUAUAUAUGCCUGUGGAUUGGAGCCUGACUUUUCUAUUCUUGAUGAUGGAGAUGAAACAGAGAUAGGUGACAGGGGAACAAAUCUAAGUGGAGGACAAAAACAGCGUGUCAGCUUGGCUAGGGCAGUUUAUAGUAACAGUGAUAUAUAUCUCCUUGACGACCCGUUAUCAGCUGUUGACGUCCAUGUAGGAAGGCAUCUUUUCCAUACUUGUAUCAAAAAGACGCUUGCUGGGAAAACAGUCAUCCUAGCAACUCAUCAACUACAGUAUCUAAAACACUGCGACGAAAUAGUAGCAUUCGAAGAUGGCGGUAUUGUGGAAAGGGGACAUCAUGAUGAAUUGUUAUUACAAAAUGGAUACUACAAAGACAUGAUGGAUAAAUUUCACUACCAUACAAAUACUUCAAUGGAAAAGCAAUUACCAAUACCAUCAAAGUCUAAAACAAAAGACACCGAAAAUUCUAUAAAAACUACAAAUGGUGUCCAAUCGGAAAAGAAAAGUCUCCCGAAAAAUAGUUCUGCCAACAGUGUGACGACAAACAGCUCUGCUGAUAAUGCAAAACCGCAAAAAGAAAAAGGUAAAUUAACAGAGCGUGAAGAAAUGGUGGUUGGUAAAGUGAAAUUUGGUACAUACAAAUCCUACAUCAAUGCAGCAGGUGGUUUUAUGGUCUGCUUAUUGGUGAUGCUGUCCUAUACCCUUACUAUGGGAUCUGUGGUAUUCAGUGAUUGGUGGCUUGGAAUUUGGAUUAACACUUUAAAUACGGAAUCGAUAAAUAAUGAAACAAAUAGCCUCAAGUUUGUUGAUUCAACGCCAUCAAAUUUAACUGGUGCUAAUCUUUAUUAUACCACGACUUCAAGCAACAAUACUAUAAACCCAUUGCCAUCUGAAGAGAAGAGUUCUGGCAUCGACUUUUAUUUAUUAGUAUAUGCUUCAUCAUUAGGUGGAAUAGUACUUCUAACAAUACUCAGAGGAUUCGCAGGAGCAACAACUACAAUUCGUGCUUCAGUUCGGCUACAUAACAUAGUACUAAAGAAGGUUAUGAGGGCACCAAUGAAAUUCUUUGAUUCCAAUCCUUCAGGACGAAUACUCAACAGAUUUUCAAAGGACAUGGACGAAGCUGAUGUGUUUCUACCACAGCUAAUCGACUCAUUGAUGCAGUUACUAAACACAAUAGCGUUAUCACUUUUGACCACAGCUAUAGUAUUACCCUGGAUCCUAGUUGCGAUGCUUCCAGUCGCAAUACUUUUUGCUAUUUUAAAGAAUAUAUCCAAUACAUCAGUAAGGCAAUUGAAGAGGGUUGAAAACGUAACUAGAUCACCGUUGUUGGCACAUGUUAACACAACUGCGCAAGGAUUAUUUACAAUAGUUCCAUUCAACCAACAAAAACAAUUUAUAGAAAGCUCAACAAAGCUGAUAGAUGUGACCAGCACAGCGACAUUUUUGUUUGAGAGUGCCAUGAGAUGGGUUGGAGUUAGACUUGAUUUAUCGUCGUCAAUGAUUACCGUGGCUACUGCAUUAGCAUUAGUUAUAACUAAAGGUUCAGUUGCUCCUGCUCUAGCAGGUCUCUCUCUGACAAUGUGCAUUAAGGUCGUUGGUAUAAUGCAGUUUAUGGUUCGUGUUAUGAAUGAAGUUGAGGCUCGGUUUACGUCCAUUGAACGGUUGCAUCAUUAUGAAAAGAACCUUGAAAUUGAACCUCAGACAUUUAAUACAACUCCAAGUGACAACUGGCCGAACGAAGGACGAAUAAUAUUCUCUAAAGUUGAAAUGAAAUACCGGGACAACAUGAAGCCGGUGCUGAGGAAUAUAUCAUUUGAUUUACACCCUCAAAUGAAAAUUGGCAUUGUGGGUAGAACUGGCGCAGGAAAAUCUUCCCUUGCUGCAGCGUUAUUCAGACUUGUUCAAUUGUCGGAAGGUCAUAUAUACAUUGAUGGAGUAGACGUUUCUCAGAUAGCUUUAAAAGUGUUGAGAUCAAGGUUGUCAACUAUUCCGCAGGAUCCUGUGCUUUUUGCAGGAACACUGAGAUACAAUCUCGAUCCUUUUGGAAAACAUCCAGAUUCAGAACUGUGGAGUUCACUAGAGAAUGUUCAUUUGAAGGAAAAGGUUCAGCAAUUUGAUCAAGAUCUCGACUAUCAAAUAGAGGAAAAUGGUGAAAAUUUCUCAGUUGGUGAACGACAGCUAAUAUGCCUAGCUAGAGCAAUACUAAGAAAAAACAAGAUUUUACUUUUGGACGAAGCAACAGCUUCUAUUGACACACAGACAGAUUCUCUUAUCCAAACAACUAUUAAAGAAGGAUUUAGUGAUUGUACAGUAGUGACAAUAGCUCAUCGACUAAAUACAAUUCUACACUCUGACCUCAUCAUGAUUAUGGACAAUGGAGAAGUGAUAGAAUCUGGUACACCACAAGAUUUACUAACAGAUCCACACUCAUUCUUCAAUGCUAUGAUAGCUGCACAAACAGUAAAAACUCCUUCGCCAUAGUAAUGGCAAUACCUUUUAUAAUAAUUCCAAUACCUUUUAUAAUAAUUCCUUUAUA